AGCACCUUUGAGGGCAUCACAUCAUUUGAAAAAUGUUAUAAAUCCCUUUUUCGAAACAGUUAUAUGAUUAAGUUAAAGUCGCAAGACGUGUUCAUAGUGAAAAUAACAUUGUUGUCUAUUUAUAAGCUAUAAACAACCGGAAGAUAUUUGAUAUACACACGCGCUAUUAGUUACUAGAUACUUUAGUGGAUGUUUUUGAGGGGAAAAUUUUUCCUAUGGAAUAUAAUGGCAAGAAAAUUGUUGGUUGAGAAUUGAUUCGUUAUGGACAUAUGACGUGCCCGAAAGCGGGAACCGUUUGUCGCUACGGUUAGCAUUUCGAUGGAUGGCAACUGACUGCCUGUCUUCAGUUUAUUCUUCAAUCAAAUACUAUCGAUAAAAGCUUUGCUAUCUAGUUAACAGAGGGUAAUCGGAGUGUGAGGGCGAACAUUCAAGGUGUGUGCUCUAUAAGAACUUUCUCGUUACGGUUCCAAUAGUUAGCAGUGGAGUAACGCUAAUGGGUUAAUUGCACUUGCAAAGGUUGUGGUUCAUGGAAAUUCAUAGCUCAAUUGAGCAAGCUAAGAUCUACAGUCCGAUGAUACCGCAGAGUGUGGACAUUCAUCAAAGCUUCAUUGCAGUGGCACAGAGGACACAUUCUAUUAACCCGAUCUAAGUAUUCCUGGUAGUGCGCGCACAUGCUUCCCAUUCCGGUAUCGUUGAUAGCUGUAUACAGAAAUAGUGGCAGAGUGCAAACAAACAGCUGUUGGUCGAUAGCCAGGAUCGUCAUCAUCAUCGUUUCCCCUUGCAUUCUGACAGCGGGGAAAUACCUACAUCUGCGCCUUUUCUACUAAAGCCAGCAAUAGUAAACGCGUUGAUAAUUGUUCCGUUCGAAUAUAUUUCUGUACGAUAACAGCCGGUAGUAGUUCGUUGGUAGGCGUUUGUAUGUCCACUGUGAAGGACAGUGGCGUCCGAAAAAUUGCCUAGAAGUGAAAUUCACCAAAGUGCCUCACAAAUGUUAAAGUCAGAACAAGUUUUUGUGUGAUCGAUGCUUGGCUGGAUCGUGGAGACGUCCUGAGGAUAAGCUACUGACAGUUGAAUGGAAAUAAGAGAAAACAGCGAGCAAAAUACAGAAAAUGCAUUUCGCGAAGUCAUAUCCAGCUGUCGGUCACUUAGCAAAUACGAGACAAACACGAGAUCGGCUUUGCCGCAAAUCUUCUCGGCGAUCAUCGCAGCGGCUUUCCACAUAGUUAUCGGCAUUUCUUUGGCAUACUCAGCCAUCCUAAUUCCCCAGCUAGAAGAUCCCAACAGUGACGUGGUGGUUUCGAAAACACAAUCAUCAUGGAUAGCUUCAAUUAUCGUGAUAAUGGUUCCGAUCGGUUCUCUGUUUGCCGGAGUACUGAUGGAGUAUCUGGGACGUCUGAACACGAUUAAACUGGCCGCUAUUCCAUGCAUCAUUGGUUGGGUUGCGAUUGCUCUAGCCGACAGUUUUUUCUGGAUCAUGGUGGGCCGAGUGCUAACUGGCUUCGCGUGUGCCAUAGGCACUAGUCCUGCCAUCGUUUACAUUACUGAAGUUUCCCGACCCGACAUGCGAGGAUCGUUGAUUUCUUCUGGCCCAACUAUUGCUUCCUUAGGAAUGGUGAUUGCUUAUGCUAAAGGUGCCUAUAUGGAUUGGCGGUUGGUGGCAUGGAUAAACAUAGUGUACACUAUCGUUCCGGUUCUAUUAAUUCAGUUAUUUGUACCUGAGUCUCCCGUUUGGCUGGUUUCCAAGGGACGUAUCGAGGAUGCUGCUCGAUCUUUAAAAUUUCUAUAUAAAAAAUACCCUCAACCAGAGCACACAAAUCAAUCGCUGUCAGAGAUGCAUCUUAACGCCCUAUUAAAGGAACGAGAGGCUAAGAUCCGUGAAGCAGAAAGAACCCUCGACAGUAACAAGUCUAAAUUCAGGGGCUUCCUCAAACCUACUGGCUAUAAACCGAUGAUAAUACUGUUCUGGUUUUUCUUGAUUCAACAAUUCAGUGGGAUAUACAUUACUUUGUUUUUCGCGGUUACUUUCAUCCAGGAUGUUGGCACCGAAAUUAACGCAUAUACUGCUUCCAUUUUCGUCGGAUUGACGCGGUUCACAAUGUCUCUACUGAACGCGUGGCUUUUAAAGAAAUUUCCUCGCAGACAUUUGGUGAUGGUGUCAACAACGGGAAUGGCAGCUUGUAUGUUCAUCUCCGGUUUAUUUACAUUGUGGAUUAAGGAUGGGACCACCACGUUAACGUGGGUUCCUGUGUUAUGUUUACUGUUGUACGUUUGUUCGUCAAUGAUAGGACUACUGACCAUCCCAUGGACCAUGACUGCAGAGUUGUUUCCCACAGAGAUUAGAGGCAUUGGUCAUUCACUUUCCUAUUCCAUGGCAAACACAUUGAUGUUUUUGGCAGUGCAAAGUUAUAGAUCAAUGAGCGAUCUACUUGGAGGCUCGCAUGCUGUCCAGUGGCUUUUUGCGGUGGUUUCGGUGCUAGGUUUUCUGUUCGCUCUAAUAUUCCUGCCGGAAACGCACGGGAAAUCACUGGCGGAAAUCGAGGCAUACUUCGCAGGAAACAAGAAACGCACUCCCGGUACAGUGCAAAGCAAUACAACAACCGUUCAUCACAGUACCGUGACUGAGCAUCUCAUCAAGAGCCCGAGUUCAGCCUCAUUUAAGUUGAAAGAAGCUGAGGCAAUGUUGAAGCAUAGAGAGGUGGCUUAAGGAGCCUCAGUAGAAAUGAAAUUCUCUCCGUCGAUGCGUACUUAUUAAAAAACUACUGAAAUGAGCCCAUAGCGUGUAGCAAACCCAUAAGCAUGAUAAGUGUACUUACGUAUUCCACGUACAAAAACCACCCCAGUAAACGUUUUCUCUUCAGAAUACACGUGUUAUAUUUUUAUAGAAAAUGUAAUAUUAGUCAGAGAAGAAAAAAUUAAAACAUCGCUUAAUAUUUAUUGUUGAACUUGAAGUAUAUUAUACAAGAUUUUAUUUUAGAUAGUUAGAGCGUUCAAUUCGUUAAGCUGUAUGGCUCUUUACCGCUUAUGGUAGUAAUAGAGGAGCGAUUCAAUUUCCAUGAGCCAAGGAAUACGAGAUAAAGUGAUUGGAUAGUAUUACGCACAUAUAUGACGAGAAAACUAAUUGUGAUUUUUAUCUUUUUUUUUAAACUCUUAUGAGGAAAUUUGGUAGCCUCGAAAUUUUAUUUUGAAAAAUAGUAGCAGUAAACAGUUGCGAGUGAAUUUGGGCCAAGAAUAACAAUGAAAUUUGCAUUACAGAAUUAAUUUUGCUACAAAUCAAUAAUUUCUCAAUAAAAUGAUGAUCAAACUUU